ACUUAAUGAGAAAAAGAAAAAAAAAAGAAGAGUAAUUCCAUUUCGAACAACAACGUUACUUAAACUUAAACUAGAUGACGUUUGUCUCUGCAGACAAACAAACUUAAUUAGGAAAAAGAAAACAUCCGUGGCUCAGUCAGAGAAGAAUCUAAAAAAAAAAAACUCUUAUUCCAUAUCCCAACUCGGAUUCCACCUGACUCACCGGUGACUCACUUGACUCGUUUCUUCACCAAAAUCCAAAACCCAUCCUCGACCAUCACGAAUUCCCCAAUUCCUCCUCAUUCCGGCGAACAUGUCGUCGGCACCGGAAGGAAAACGAUUAGAAGAAGAAUUAUCCUAUCCAAUUCUAAUAGCAGAACGAAUUCGCUUAGCAGUAGACGAAACCGACUCAUUCAAACCCGAAUGUUCCGAUGUCUGGAAACAAGUCGAACGUCUCCUUCAAAUGCUCCGAACAGUUGUCCGAUUCGCCGCCACAACUCCUCUUUACGAACGUCCCGUCCGACGAGUAACCGCCGAAACAGCAAAAAAUCUUGAACGUGCUUUAACCUUAGUUCGUAAAUGUAAACGCCGUAGCAUCCUUCAUCGUGUUGUUACAAUCGUCUCCGCCGCCGAUUUUCGGAAAGUUUUGAGUUAUCUUGAUGCAUCUGUUGGUGAUAUGAAGUGGUUGUUAAGUAUGAUUGAUGGUGAAAGUGGAAGUGGAAUCAAUUUAGCACUUCCUCCAAUUGCAAGUAAUGAUCCUAUUCUUUCUUGGGUUUGGUCUUUUAUUGGUUCAAUUCAAAUGGGUCAAUUGAAUGAUAAAAUUGAAGGUACAAAUGAACUUGCUUCUUUAGCACAAGAUAAUGAUAGGAAUAAGAAGAUUAUUGUUGAAGAAGGUGGUGUUUCACCACUUUUGAAGCUUCUUAAAGAAGCUACUUCACCAACUGCUCAAAUUGCUUCUGCUACUUGUUUGUGUUAUUUGGCUAAUGAUUUGGACAGAGUUAGGGUUAUUGUUAAUGAAGUUGGUGUUCCUGCUGUUGUUCAAGUUCUUGCUGAUUCGCCGAUUAGGGUUCAAACGUUAGCGGCUAAUUUAGUUGCUAGGAUGGCUAGACAUGAUCCUGUUGCUCAAGAGGAUUUUGCGAGGGAGAAUGCCAUUAGACCGCUUGUUACGCUUUUAUCGUUUGAUACUUUUAUGGAUGAGCAGUUGGGUAAUGGUCAGUUGAGUAAUGGUAGGCAGAGUAUUCAUUCUAUUUUUCAGAUUAAUAAGGAGUUAGGGAAGAAGUCGACGGAUAGGUCUAGUACUGGUGGUAGUAGUCGACAGUUUGCGAAUUCGUAUUCUAAUUCGUAUUAUUAUACGGAGGGAAGUAGUCGUGGUGGGAAUUAUAGGAAGGAGAGGGAGAAUGAGGAUCCUGCUGUGAAGCUUCAGCUUAAAGUUAGCUGUGCUGAGGCGUUGUGGAUGCUUGCGGCGGGGAGUGUGUCGAAUAGUAGGAAGAUAACUGAGACUAAAGGGAUGCUUUGUUUGGCCAAGAUUAUUGAGAAGGAACAGGGUGAGUUGCAGCAGAAUUGUUUGAUGACUAUAAUGGAGAUAACGGCUGCGGCUGAAUUGAAUGCUGAUCUUCGACGUGCUGCGUUUAAGACUAAUUCCCCUCCUGCUAAAGCCGUUGUGGAACAGCUUUUGAGGAUAAUUAAAGAGGUUGAUAGCCCGUCGAUGCAGAUUCCGGCAAUAAAGUCUAUUGGUUCGUUGGCUAGGACGUUUCCUGCUAGGGAGACUCGAGUAAUUGAACCUCUAGUAGCACAGCUGAGUAAUAAAAAUACAAAUGUAGCAGAUGAAGCAGCCGUUGCUCUUACCAAGUUUGCUUCUCCAGAUAAUUUCCUAUAUGUCGAGCAUUCUAAGAAAAUAAUUGAAUUAGAUGCAGUUCCGGCAGUGAUGAAACUGCUGAGGAGUAACGAAGUUAACCAGAUGCAUCAUGCGUUAACUCUCCUUUGCUACCUUGCACUACAUGCUGGCAGCAGCGAGUCCUUGGAACAAGCGCGGGUAUUGUUGGCUCUAGAGGGUGCGGAUAGAACAACUCUUCCUCAGCAUAUAAGAGAUUUGGUGUCAAAGGCGAUUGUCCACCUCAAUUUGUAUCAUGCAGGAAGGAAUUCUCAACCAUUGUCAUAUAUUCCUUGAGCACAAAUUCAUCUGUUUGUAGACCCUUUGUUUUCAGGUUCAUCGGUAUAUUAUUGAGUUGGUUGCAUCUACAGCCUACUCGUUUGGGAUUGGGGGUUUUGUUAUAUAGAAUCAAAACAUAGUUCAAAAAAAUACAUUAGCUUUUCAGCCUCGGCUGGUUUUUAUCCCUUUCCCCCCUCAUGAAACUAGUUAAUGGGGUGUGGUUGUGCAGAGAUUAUUUAUAAUGGAUAAUUAACUUUCUUAGUCAUUCAAAUUUGUUGUUUGUGUAUUUAUUUUGUUCAUCGAGUAUGAUCUCUACAUCACAUUUUGACAGUGCAAAUUCUUAUCACAUGAUAGAAUUGUUUGAGGUUUUAUUCCUUCAAA